AUGUUCUACGCAAAUGUACGUACCGUCGCAAUCCUCACUGAGACUCCUAGUGUCUGUAACGGAAUGUUCUUUUACAAGUCGGACUCCCAAGAGACGGAUAUUGAAUGGCUUUCCAACAAAUACAAUAUAUCGCACAAGGCAUACAUCAUACUUGGUUUACAAAAUAGGAUAAUAAUGGUGACGGCAAGGCCACAGCUUUUAAAGUCAAGCCGCCUAUCCUACAAGGGAAGAGCACGAAUACCGCAUUGA